AUGUCUCCUCCAUUAUUACACAACUUCCUUGCUGGAUCCCUUCCCGACCAUUGUGAACCGACAUCGCCCUUCUUGACCGCCGUCUCCUCCCAUCUCCACAUCUGUAUCCCCACACCUCUAGCGGCGAUCUCCUCCGUUCUCGGAACCCUCAGCAUAGUCUCAUGGCUUUUCGCGCAACUCCCGCAAAUAUACAAGAACUACCAAGUCCAGUCAACGUCGGGAUUAUCUAUUUUCUUUCUAGUCAUAUGGUGUCUAGGUGACGCCAGCAAUCUUGUGGGAGCGUUAUACACACGACAGGCAGGAUGGCAGGUGGUGGUUGCCAGCUAUUACGUUUUCGUUGACAUCACUCUGGUUUUCCAGUUUUUCUGGUAUACCCACUACAAAGCACGCCUAAAUGGUGGGUAUGACAACCUGUCAUACCCGGGUGACUCGAACCGAGGUUUCAUCCAAGGCGUGCCGCUUCCACGCGACGAAACAUAUCAGACGCCAGCGCCCGUCGACAUGAAGACCAAACAUUCUGAGGCUAAGGAUAUGGGCGUCCAGGCUGGAUCAGUACGCAAUUCAUCCGGCCAAAUAGCUUCAUACUCAAAUGAGAAAUUGAGUUCAUCGCGUCGAUCUGUGCGGAUGAGCAGCAGCGCCAAUAGCAUGCCGUUUGCACUGCCCCGGACAAUGCUCAUGGCAUCUCUUCUUUGUGCCGUACUUGCCAACGCUGCACCAACUGAAAAGCCUCACCCGCCUAUUUCCGAUGCACCCAACGAGGCUAUUCUCGAGAUUAUUGGCCGUGUGUUCUCCUGGAUGUCAACACUUCUGUAUCUCGGUUCACGUCCUCCCCAGCUAUACAAAAACUACCAGCGCAAGAGCACGGAAGGUCUCUCACCCCUACUCUUCAUAGCUGCAUUCUGCGGGAAUCUGUUCUAUUCCAGCUCGCUUCUCACGAACCCGAAUGCCUGGUCUGAUUUCGCUCCUUAUGGCGGCGGCGGCUGGUCCGACAACCACGGGAACGAUCGUUUGGAAUGGAUCGGACGCGCGACUCCUUUUUUCCUGGGUGCAUUCGGUGUCCUGGGCCUGGAUGGGUUCAUGGGUGUGCAGUUUCUAAUGUACGGCGAUGGCCCACAGGGUGAGGAUGAUGAGAGUUUUGUUAGCUCCAGCAUCGGUGGAAAUGAUCGGAAGCGUGGUCGUGGCCGUCGCUGGACACGAGUCCAUGGUUGGAUGCGCGGAUGGAUUCCAUCUUCUUCGCCUCCACGAGAGGUCUCUUCAGCCCGAGAGGGACAGGCUUUGUUGGGUGCAGAGCGCGGCCAAUAUGGCACUGUCUGA